AGUUAGAAACUACCACCAAAGUUACCACUUAGGCUCCAAUGGCUACUCCAAAAAUGUCACCAUCUUCAACACUUCCAUUUAUAGCAUUCCUCAUUAUGUUCCAACUUUUCUCUUGCUUCUCCCAAUGCAGUUGUUGUUGUUGCGACAUUAACAAAACUGGGGACAAUAACGUUAAAGGAAUGUUUGUGUUCGGAAGCUCUCUAGUGGACAAUGGCAACAACAACUUCUUAGGGAACUCCUUGGCCAAAGCCAAUUACUUGCCAUAUGGCGUGGAUUUCCCUCUGGGGCCUUCCGGGAGAUUCACAAACGGGAAGAACGUCGUCGACCUCAUCGGCGAGAAGCUUCGCCUUCCUUCCUUCCUUCCCGCUUUCGCCGAUCCCUCGACCAAAGGAAGUAGAAUUCUUCACGGUGUUAAUUAUGCUUCCGGUGCUAAAAAUGGUUUCGGCAAUGUAACAAGUCUGAAUCAACAAAUCAGAAACUUUGAGCAAAUAACUUUGCCGGAACUGGAGGCUCAGCUGGGGGGCAAAACCAAUAAAUCAUCAGUUUCAGACUACUUGUUUGUGGUGGGAAGUGGCUCAAACGAUUACUCAUUCAACUACUUCCUGAGAGGACUCAACCACAAUGUCAGUCUCCAAGCUUUUACUGCAAACCUCACCGCCUCUUUGUCCCACCAGAUCAAGAAAUUGUACAGCUUGGGAGGUCGAAAGUUUGUAUUAAUGUCCAUAAACCCAAUUGGGUGCAGUCCCAUGGUUAUGACGUCAGUGGGCCGACCAACAACACAGAAUCGGUGCAUACAAGGCCUCAACCUUGCAGCUCGCCUCUUCAACAACCACCUGAAAUCAUUAGUGGAUGUCAUCAAGACACAAAUGCCCGGCUCCACUCUUGUUUAUGUCAACUCUUACAAGAUUAUAAGGGACAUCAUCAGAAAUCCUUCCUUAAAAGGUUUUAAGGAGGCCAGCAAUCCUUGUUGUGAAGUGGCAUUAAUGAAUGAAGGAGGGAAUGGAGUUUUAUGCAAAAGAGGAGGGCAAGUGUGUGAAGAUAGGAGUACUCGUGUGUUUUUCGAUGGUUUGCAUCCAACUGAAGCUGUGAAUGUCCAAAUAGCAAGCAAGGCCUAUACUUCUAAUCUCGAAAGUGAAGUUUAUCCCACUAAUAUUCAACAAAUGGCCUCCAAAAUAUGCUAAGACUCUCGUGAGAUAUGUUUAGUUGGUAUCUAUUAUAUACAUAAACUCUCUAGGUUAGGGAAAUAUAUAUAUAUAUAUAUAUAUAUAUCCAA